GCUAAUUCAGAGUAGAAAACAUCAAAGUCUUUAACAGUGAAGGAGAAAGAAGACUUUGAGAGAGAUCCAGGGAUUCGUCUUUCUGAUUCUUCAUGUUUUCUUCCUUUCUACCCUCUUCCAUUUGUAAUUCCUCACAGGUAGAGGGUUUUCCGUGCUGUGAAAUACCAGGCAUUCCGCAUCUCAGUUAAUCAGUUUCAUGAGAUUUGAUUGAAUAAUAAGGAGGAACGUUUGAUAUAAUCUGUGGUUUAGGGUUUUAUUGUUCCUAUUCUGCUGGGAUUUCGAAGGGCAUGAGGUUAAACGGAGAGAUCUCUUCGUAUCUUAAUGAAGAGGAGAAUGAAAACGAGAUCAAUUCACUGUCAUAUUCGAUUGGUCCGGGAUUUCCGCAUCCACAGAAACUCGUGGUUGGAUACGCUCUAACUUCCAAGAAGACUAAGAGCUUUUUGCAGCCCAAGCUUCAAGGACUGGCUUGGAAUAAGGGGAUACUAUUUGUUGCAAUUGACCAAAGCAGAUCACUUUCAGACCAAGGUCCUUUCGACAUUGUUCUACAUAAGUUAUUAGGAAAGGAGUGGCGCCAUAUCAUUGAGGAUUAUAGGCUCACACAUCCUGAAGUUACCGUCCUUGAUCCUCCUGAUGCCAUACAACAUGUACACAAUCGCCAAUCCAUGCUUCAGGAUGUAGCCGAUCUUAACCUGUCUGACUGCCAUGGCAAAGUUGAUGUUCCAAGGCAGUUGGUUGUUAAAAAAGAUCCAUCAUCCAUCCCUGAUGCAGUUACUAAAGCUGGGUUGAUGCUGCCUCUAGUUGCCAAGCCACUUGUUGUUGAUGGAAGUGCAAAGUCUCAUGAACUAUCUCUUGCAUAUGAUCAAUUUUCCCUCUCAAAACUUGAACCUCCUCUUGUUCUGCAGGAGUUUGUUAAUCAUGGAGGUGUUCUCUUUAAGGUUUAUAUUGUAGGUGAAGCUAUAAAAGUGGUCCGGCGUUACUCUUUACCUGAUAUCAACAAAUGUGAACUCUUAAACAGUGCUGGUGUGUACCGUUUCCCUAGGGUUUCUUGUGCUGCUGCUUCAGCAGAUGAGGCAGAUCUGGACCCAGGGGUUGCUGAGCUUCCCCCACGACCUUUACUUGAGAGGCUUGCAAGAGAGCUCCGACGUCGGCUGGGUCUCCGGCUGUUCAACAUAGAUAUAAUCCGAGAGCAUGGCACCAAAGACCAUUUUUAUGUUAUUGACAUAAACUACUUCCCUGGGUAUGGGAAAAUGCCAGAAUAUGAGCACAUAUUUACAGAUUUCCUCCUGAGUCUGGUACAGUGCAAGUACAAGAAGCGUCUUGUGAAUAAUUGUUGAAGGCAUCCAUGAAAAAAGAAAGGAGACAUGUUAUAUUUGAUGUUUGAAUGUGUAUUCACGAGAAUAUAUGUAUUUUUCCUCUUAUCCUUCAGUUUGAUGUACAGCAUCCUGUAUGAUCUGUGCUUGCAGCUGGGAGGUUUCCACAGGAAAAAGUGGAAGAAGGUAAACCCCUCCCCUCCCCUCUUUUUUUGACUUGUGUAAUUACUUGGCUCUAAUGAUGACAAUGUCCUUUCCAAAAGCCUCUGUCAUGUACAUAAGUUCUUUCAAUUAAAAUGUAAUUUUCUUUGAUUGCUCAAA